UCACGUGGGACGCAGCUGAGCCGCCGCGGGGGAAGCUGGGCCAAGAUGGCGACUGUGAGGAAGGCGCUGCCGCGGAGACUGGUGGGCCUGGCGUCCCUCCGGGCUGUCAGCACCUCAUCCAUGGGUACUUUUCCAAAUCGGGUGAAGAUUGUAGAAGUUGGCCCCCGAGAUGGACUACAAAACGAAAAGAAUAUCGUACCUACGCCAGUGAAAAUCAGGCUGAUAGACAUGCUUUCUGAAGCAGGACUCCCCGUUAUAGAAGCCACCAGUUUCGUGUCUCCCAAGUGGGUUCCUCAGAUGGCUGACCACGUUGAAGUCUUGAAGGGCAUCCAGAAGUUUCCUGGCAUCAACUAUCCAGUUCUGACCCCAAAUUUAAAAGGCUUCCAGGCAGCGGUUGCUGCUGGAGCCAAGGAAGUGGCCAUCUUUGGAGCCGCCUCUGAGCUCUUCACCAAGAAGAAUAUCAACUGCUCCGUGAAUGAAAGUUUGCAGCGGUUUGACGAAGUCCUGAAGGCGGCUCGGGCAGCCGGAAUCCCUGUGCGUGGGUACGUCUCCUGUGUGCUUGGAUGCCCCUAUGAAGGGAAGAUCUCCCCGGCUAAAGUAGCUGAGGUCUCCAAGAAGAUGUACUCAAUGGGCUGCUAUGAAAUCUCUCUGGGGGAUACCAUUGGUGUGGGCACCCCUGGUACCAUGAAGGACAUGCUGUCUGCUGUCAUGAAGGAGGUGCCCUUGACUGCCCUGGCUGUCCACUGCCAUGACACCUAUGGCCAGGCCCUGGCCAACACCUUGAUGGCCCUGCAGAUGGGAGUGAGUGUGGUGGACGCUUCUGUGGCAGGACUUGGAGGCUGUCCGUAUGCACAGGGGGCAUCAGGAAACGUGGCCACAGAGGACCUAGUCUACAUGCUGACUGGCUUGGGCAUCGACACGAGAGGGAGUGUGAGGUGUGUACAGUAGAGGGGAAGGUUGCUGCUAGAAGAUUGGGGAUGUUGUAUCGUGUCGUUGACAGAGGCCACGAGAAGGCCAGGCACUCGGUGAGUUUGACAGGGCAGUUCCAGGAGGCACAGGGUGUAGGGAACAGGCCCUGAAGGGAUCAGCUCAUGACAGGAAAUGAGCCUGUCCCCUGUGGACUUUGUUUUGUUUUCUGUAAAAUAAGGGCAGUAGAAUUAGCCCCUGGGGUUCUGCCAGUGCAUAGAACCCCCACUGGUCCAUGGGUGUGCUUGGAAUUAGAUGGAACUGGCUUUUUUUUCUUACAUCAUUGUUAAUUUUUGGACAGUAUUUGAUUUCUCUUCUCAGGCGUAGUCUCUGUCGUUCACCCCCCACCAGAGCACCCGUGAUCUAUCUGUACAGUCCCUGCUGCUCUUCCUCCCCCUCCCCUGCUGUAAGUCUCAGAUCUAUGGUCAGCUUGCAAGUUUUGUCUUUUUUUUUUUUUUUUUUUAAGAUUGAUUUAUUUAAACAAGAACUGGGGUACAGGUCAAAGGUGCAGGAGGGUGAGAGAAUUCACCAGAGAGAGCGGGGAGCAGAACUGGCAGACGGACCAAAGACACUGCUGAGGGGAGCAGCGGGCUCGACAGGGGAGGUCUGUCUCGCCAUGUGGGAAUCUCCUUGGGCGGCCGGGAAUCGAUCCCGCAUGCAGAGGCUGUGGACAGCUUCACAGCGCUGUGUUCAACCCACUGCGCCACCAGGGAGGCCCGCAAGUUUUGUCUUUUUCCUGAUCCUUUGUUCAGUUUCUUUAUAUUCUACAUAUAAGUGAAACCAUCCACUAUUGAUAUUUUUCCUUCUGACUUAUUUCACUUAGCGUAAUCCCUUCCAGCUCCAUCUAUGUUGCUGCAAAUGGCAUGAGUUUAUCUUUUUUGAUGGCUGAGUAGUAUUCCAUUGUGUAUAUAACACAUCUUGAUCCAUCCCUCUGUUUUGGGGCAUUUAGGUUGUUUCGGAACUGGCUUUAUUACCUAGUCCUGCCAUGUUCAGGCUUGUAUCACUUCAUCUCUCUGUGCCUAAAAGAUGAAUAAUACCAAUGUUUAUCUCAUUGUCAGUUAUGAGGAUUAAGUAUAAAAAGGUAGAGUGCUUAGCCCAGAGCUGAGCACAUAGUACAUCAGUAAAUGUGAGUUAUUAUAGUGGUUUUCAACAUGGCCUUUUGUAGAGAGUAAUUUUACACCUAUCUCCCCAAGCUUAUUACUUCACUAUAUAGUUUUUGACCCUGUGGGCCAGCCUUAUGGUAGGAACUGGAGAUGGAGGCCUGAACAGGAUUGAUGAGCUGCCUCCCUGGUGGUAUCACUACAAAAACAGAAGGAGGUGCCUUAUACAAGAGAGUGAGGGCAACCUCAGAUGCCAGGACACGACCUUACGGGCAGCUGGGUUUUCCUGUCAGGAACAAGAGCACUUUUUCACCUUCUCAGUCUGUGCAGUCUGCCGCUCGCCUGGGUGGAAACAGGCUUGCCAUGACUCACUGUGUCCUCUCACUUAUUUC